CUUUUCACUCAAAAUUGAAAAAGAAAGAUUCGAUGAGGAAGGAAGAUUGCGUAUUUUCAGAGCCUGUGAGAACUGCACUUUUAAAGGAUAAACCUGUGGUUGCACUAGAAAGCACUAUUAUUAGCCAUGGAAUGCCUUAUCCCGAAAACUUCAAAACUGCACUUCAAGUAGAAGAUUUAGUAAAAAAUAAUGGCGCCAUACCAGCUACUAUCGCCAUCUUACAAGGGAAGGUACACGUAGGUUUAGACAGACAAGAAAUCGAAUAUCUGAGUAAAAAGGGCAAAUCCGUUUGGAAGUGUUCAACAAGAGACCUGGCUUAUGUUUUGGCGCAGAAGCUGGAUGGAGCAACAACCGUUUCCGCCACCAUGGUUAUUGCUCAUAGAGUUGGCAUUCAUUUCUUUGUUACAGGAGGUAUAGGAGGAGCACAUCGUGGAUCGGAAACAACCUUUGACAUAUCUACCGAUUUGAUAGAGCUGGGUCGGACACCGGUUUGUGUCAUUUGUGCAGGAGUCAAAGCAAUAUUGGAUAUCCCCAAAACUCUGGAAGUGUUGGAGACGCAAGGUGUUACUGUAAUUACCUAUGGUCAGGAAGAAUUCCCAGCCUUUUAUUUUGCAUCUUCUGGUAUUCGAUCUCAUAUACGUGUCGAUCAACUGGAGGACAUAUCACGAAUUUUUGCUAUGAAUCGACGAUGGAAUUUAUCUAGCGGAAUGUUAGUCGCUGUUCCUGUGCCUCAGAAAGACAAAGAUACUGCGGACAGGGUAGAAGCCGGGAUGCAGCAAGCAUUAGAAGAACUCAAGGAGAAGCAGCUGACUGGUUCUGCAGUCACUCCAUUUUUGUUGGAAAGGAUAGCAGAUUUAACUGGUGGUGAUUCUUUAAAGUUGAAUAUAGAGUUGAUCUUAAAUAAUGCAGCUAUCGGUGCACAGCUUGCAAGGCAUUAUGCUAGUUAUCAAACGGACUCGUCCAAUCGUGAUGUUCAAAUAUGAUCUACAUUUACUCCACAAUCACUGUGUUUGUGAUUUCUUUUUGAAAGAUAACGAUAGUGAGAAGGAUUUAUUGUUGAUAGGAUAUUCUUCGAAUACAUUCUGAUAUUUUUUUAUCACAAACUUGUUUAUGUGUGUUGAAAGGGAUUGUUUUUUGUUGCCAGGUUCAAAUAUUUUUUGAAAUGAAUAGAAGCUUAUGCAACUCUCUUUUUGUGGACAUUG